AUGCAUAACAACGUUGACCAGUUUCAUCCGUUAACGCAAGAAGAUCUUAUAAAAGGCGAAAAACAAAUAGCAAGUCUUGAUGAGCAACAUCAGGAACUUGUUCGCUGCGUUGGACAAUGCACACUAAAACCUCAGACGGCGAGAGAACCUUAUGAAGGUCUAAUCCAUGCCUUGACCUACCAGCGACUUUCGGACAGUGCUGGGGAUGCCAUAUUAGGUCGUUUGUGCCAACAUUUUCACAAGAAAUCAUUUCCGUCUGUGCAAGAGUUGUUAAGUCUUGAUACAGAGGAUUUGCGUUCAUUCGGAUUCUCACAUAGAAAAGGUGAAACAAUUUUGGAGCUGGCGAAUAUGGCAGCUGAUGGAAGCUUGCCAUCGCGUGAAGAGAUUUCACACAUGCCACUUGACAAAAUGAUUGGCAUUUUCACCAAAGUGAAGGGCAUUGGUGCAUGGACCGUAGAAAAGUACGCCAUAUUUACUUUGGGCAGGCCAAACGUUAUGCCAACAAUGGACAGAGAGAUACGUGAAAACGUACAGCUUCUCUAUCAUUUAGACCAUACACCUACAGAUGUUGAAAUGGAAGAACGCUCACGAGCUUAUGUUCCGUAUAAAACAGUAGCUUCAUGGUAUUUAUGGCGAGUACCCGAACUCAUUGUCGAGCGAAAUCAGAAAAUGUGA